CGUCUUCCUCCUGCGAAAGCAAAGCAGAUAAGAGGAGCCUCCCCCAUCUCCUCCCCGCUGAGCGAAGCUGCCGAGCAAAACCCUCCUCUCCCCCUAGAACCCUCCGGGCGCAUCCACCAGCAUCCUCCUCCCAAUGGCCCCCUCCCUCCUCGCCGCCGCCACCUCGCCCUUCCUCCUCCACGGCGCCGUCGGGAGCACCAGCCGCAGGCCGGUCGCCGCCCCCGGCCGCCGCGCCGCAUCCUCCGUGCGCGUGCGCGCCGCCAUCAAGUGCGACCCAUCCAAGGUGGAGCCGCAGUCCGACCGGGUGCUCGUCCGUCUCGAGACUAUCCCAGAGAAAUCUGCUGGGGGAGUUCUGCUACCAAAAUCUGCUGUUAAAUUUGAGAGAUAUUUGAUGGGCGAGAUUUUAUCGGUCGGUGUUGAUGUUAGUGAAGUUGAAGCUGGAAAGAAGGUUCUCUUCUCGGACAUAAACGCUUAUGAGGUGGACCUGGGAACAGAAGAGAAGCACUGCUUCUGCAGAGAGUCGGAUCUCUUGGCUGUCGUCGCAUGAGCGCACUCCUAAAAUUUUGUGUUGCGCAUAUGCUCCAAAUUCCUUAUCUUUGUCACGCAAGCUUUUGCUAGCUCAAAGUCUUUCGUUGACGAUCAUGGGUUGAGUGAUUUGAUGAGUUUUA